UUUAAAAAACAAAAAAUAAAUAUACAGCUAAAAUGUCCAAAUUUGAAACAUAGUUUUUAGAGAAACGAAGGACACGCGGCAUGCAGGUAAGCGGGAGCCAUCAAAGAAACGCUGCUUAGCGUUACGAUUUCUCUAAUGAAAAUUCAAAAUCAAAGCUAAUUUUUUCACUCUAAUCAAAUCAAUCCAACACUAAAAACUGCUGAAUCCUCACUGACUCGCCCCCAGAUUCUCCUUCUCUCCAAUUCUUUUCGCCGAUUUUCUUUCCCGGGCUUCAACUUUGUGUGGAUUGGACUUUCACUGUCUUGGAAAAUCGUUUUUGCAUUAACAAGUCGCUUAAAGAAUUGAUUAUUAUUAGAGAGAUUGAAACUUUUAAGUUGGUAUACAACUUGAGAUUUCAUUACAACUAUGGGAAGCGCCCACCGUGGAGGAACUAGAAAAGCAAAUGACAGUACAAGGAUUCUACUCACAACGUUAGUGGGAGUGGUCUUUGGAUUUUUUCUGGGUGCUUCAUUUCCUACAGUGUCUCUAACCAAGAUUAACUUACCUUCAAGCCUUAUAUCAUCUCUUGAUGUAGCCAUUGAUGUGGAAAGAUCCCCUAGAACCAGGAUAACUGAGACUCAUGGAUCACCCAAAACUCCUAAGAUAUAUGUGCCAACAAAUCCUCGUGGUGCAGAGUCAUUACCUCCCGGAAUUGUUGCUUCAGGAUCUGAUUUUUAUUUACGGAGAUUAUGGGGUGAACCCAGUGAGGAUCUAAUUAAAAAACCCAAGUACUUGAUUACAUUCACUGUGGGCUUUGAUCAGAGAAAAAAUAUUGAUGCAGCAGUGAAAAAGUUCUCUGAUGAUUUUACAAUUUUGCUUUUUCACUAUGAUGGUCGGACUACCGAGUGGGAUCAGUUUGAGUGGUCAAGGAGUGCAAUCCAUAUCAGUGUCAAGAAGCAAACAAAAUGGUGGUAUGCAAAAAGGUUCUUGCACCCUGAUGUUGUAGCUGCAUAUGAUUAUAUUUUUAUCUGGGAUGAAGACCUUGGAGUUGAUCAUUUCAAUGCAGAGAAGUAUAUUGAGUUAGUGAAAAAACAUGGUUUGGAAAUCUCCCAACCUGGACUUGAGCCUAAUAAUGGACUGACAUGGGAAAUGACAAAGAGGAGAGGGGACAGAGAGGUUCAUAAGGAUACGGAAGAGAAACCGGGCUGGUGUAGUGACCCUCAGUUGCCUCCAUGUGCUGCGUUUGUAGAAAUUAUGGCUCCUGUAUUUUCACGUGAAGCUUGGCGAUGUGUUUGGCAUUUGAUUCAGAAUGAUUUGGUACAUGGAUGGGGGUUAGACUUCGCUCUCAGAAGAUGUGUAGAGCCUGCGCAUGAGAAAAUUGGCGUAGUUGAUUCACAGUGGAUUGUUCAUCAAGUAAUUCCUUCUCUUGGGAGUCAGGGAAAAUCUGAAAACGGGAAGGCUCCAUGGGAAGGGGUGAGAGCAAGGUGCAGAACUGAAUGGGCUGAGUUUCAAUCUCGGCUUGCAAAUGCUGACAAAGCAUAUCUAUCUCAGAUUAGUAAGGCGAAGGCGAAACGUUUAUAGAAGAGAGCAGCCUUGUGAAAUUGUCACAGUUGUUAUUAUGUACAUGUCCUCUUCUAACCUUGAGGACUUCUUUGAUGGUGUCCUUGAGCGAAAUAUUUCUCUGAUACAUUUGUUGUAGGAUUUUUAUUUUGUUCACUGAUAGAGAAAUAAUUCAUAUAAAAGCAAUACACAGCAACAGUCGUUUUCCCGGUUUCGCUCUUUGUAGUGUGUUUAUGUUGGAUUGACGGGCAAUAUAACAAAAGUAGUUUUCA